AUGCUACCUAUUGCCACAGCCUUCGAUGGCGUGGCUAAUUCUUCCUCAGAAUCUAUUUCGGUUCAAUUUGAGGAAACUCAAUUCUGGACAUAUGCGCAACUGCAAAGGGCAUCCCGCCAGAUCGCCCAAGGCUUGGGUGCACACGUCGGCCCUGGUCAGCCCGUCGCCGUGCUCCUGCCCCGGUCCCCAGCUCAAAUUGCAGCAAUCAUUGCCACUUUUCGACUAGGGGCAGCAUACGUUCCCAUAAAUCCGGAUCUUCCUCAGGGCCGGAUCGAACAGCUCCUGGCCCAAUUAACAAACCCUUUGGUGCUCUGUCUGCAGGGACAAAAGGCACCUGUGCUGCAGGACGUAGGCCAAGCCUGGCUGACCGUCAACAGCCAAGAAAAAAGCAUCCAUUUCAUCUGCAAUAAGACUACCAGUCGAGAUCUACGGGACAUUGGCGAGGAAGUCCAUGUCGAAGAUGUGGCUGCGGUCUUGUUUACAUCCGGGAGCACCGGUCUGCCUAAAGGAGUCUUGCUCACCCACCAAAAUCUGCUAUGGCCGGCGCAGACGGUAGCCAGUCAGAUGCAGAUCACGCCCGCAUCACGGAUGCUGCAAUUCUCGCAGUGCUCCUUUGAUGCGCACCUGAUCGAUAUUCUCAGCACUAUCCUGUACGGUGGCUGUUUGCUACAAGUGUCCCAGGACAAUCUCGUGAGUGAUCUGAACGGCUGGAUCCGACGGAUGAAUCCCAACACCGCACACUUUACUCCCAGCACGAUCUCGCUUUUGGAUCCAUCUCGGGUUCCUUCGAUCAAGAAACUGGUUGUUUCGGGCGAGCCGGUCUCGCGGGAUCUUGUCAACCGUUGGGCGAACAGGGUUCAACUGGUGAACUUGUAUGGACCAUGUGAAGCGUCAUCAAUCACUUUCAAAAUCCUUCAUCCUGGCGAUGAUUUCAAUUCCGUGGGAAAGGCGGCGAGCUACGCUUCGAUUGCCAUUGUGGACACAACAGGCACCGAACAGCCGGCAGGAGUCUCGGGAGAGCUCGCCGUCAAGGGUGGAACAGUUUUCCAGGGAUACUGUAACUUUGCUUCACAGAACCGUUUUCUGGACAUAGUGCAGCGUCUUGAUGUCCCUGAUCGUGGCCCGUGGUACUUGACAGGCGACCGGGCAUAUGUGGACCAAGGUGGUGAAUUUUACCUCCUUGGUCGCAAUGACGACCAAGUUAAAAUUAAUGGCCAGAGAGUGGAGCUUGGUGAGAUUGAACAUGCCAUCCAGCGCCACGUUGGCCGUGUUAUUGUGCGAGCGCAUUGCGUCAAUUGUCACACACGUCUUUUCGCCCUCGUAUCUACUGCGAAGGCUCUUGGAGCGCCAGACAAGGAGAUUCAACUGGAAAAAUCAGCACACGGGUUGCAGAAAACUGUCGUCGCAGUGUGCCGGGGUCUCUUUCCAGCAUACAUGGUUCCCCGAGUGCUGGUAGUCGAGGCCUUGCCGCAGUCGCAUAAUGCAAAGAUCGAUUUGCACAAAAUCAAGCUUUUCCUCGAGAACCUAUAUGAGCAUGAAGAGGAACCAAAGCUCAUCGUGCAGCAACUCGAUGAGAUGGAGGAGAAAAUCCAGCGUUUGGUCUAUCGGCGCCUUUUGCAGCGGGUUCCAAAAAAUGACAGCCUGUUCGAUUGGGGAUUCACCUCGUUGGACGCUAUGUUUCUUGCUCAGUCCCUCUUCGAUGCUACCAGUUGCCAAAUAUCGUUCCGUCAGAUCCUCGAAGCUCCUCAAAUCAUAGAUAUCGCCAAAUUCUGUCGGGGAGGGUCACCAACGGCUGCUGCUGCUCCCCUCCCACCUCCUUGUCUGGCUGGGGAGUGCUUCACACCCACUAUCGGACAGGAAAGCAUGAUGAAUGCGUGUAUGGUGUUUGGAAACCAGAUGCAUAUAUUGACCUUUACCUAUGAGGUUGACUCCGCCGAGCUUGAUCCCUCUUUGCUAUUGCAGUGCGUGCAGACGACCUACGACCGCCAUGAAGCAUUUAAUACCGCAUAUGACCACGAAUCUGAUGCGUUGCCAAGUGCUCGGGCCCGCGUCUAUGCCAAAGGAUCGCUGCUAGAUCGGACUGUGUUUCACCCGUGGGUGAAGAGCGAGAAUUGCAACCUAGAUGAGAAGAAGGCAGACAUCCUCCACAGAGAGCUCAAUCGUGACGCCGAUAUGGACUUGAUGAAGGAUUCACCCGCAUGGACGACACUGUAUCAGUUGACACCGCGGGCAGACAAAUGGCUGGUUGUCUUCAAGUUCCAUCACUUAGUGAUAGAUGAGCUAUCAUUUGAUAUUUUCCUGUCCGAAGUGCAAGGGCUGUAUAGCAGUGGAUGCAAAAAGCAGCUUGCGCCUCCUGUGACCCAAUAUAGCCAGUUCGCCCAGGUUCUUCGCAAGCAUGGCGAGGAGAAAACAGUCCACGACCUAUCAUGGUGGAAGUCACUAGGCAAAAGCUUUCGGCCGUCCGCUUUAUUUACAGAGCACCAUGGCAUAUCAAGCUCGUUGUUGUCUACGGCGAGUGAGAUCUCCUGGCAUGACCUUUCUGAUUCCGCUGUCACAAACUUGCUGAAACACUCCGGAAAUGGCACAAGUAUGUUUAUCAACUGGCUUGCGUUCACUCAGGUGUUUCUGAGCCGCAUGACCGGCAAAGAGAAAUAUCUUAUGGGAGUCCCUACCUCCCAUCGUACCAUUGAUCGCCGUUUCACCACUGUUGUUGGUUACUGCGUGUCGCUGGUUGUGGUGCCCGUGUCAGUCAAGCCUGAGAGGACCAUCGCUCGGCAUAUCGCCGAAAUGUCGAAACUCUACUGGGAGUGUGUGGAGCACGAGCAGUCAGUUGAGGAUGUCUUGCGUUGUUUUCCAGCAACAGAAAGUGGUGGUCAGCACGCGGACUUAAAUGUUCAGUUUGCGUUCCAUGAGAGAAACGUUACGCAAACUGUUCAUGAGGAUGUGUCCCUCAUAUUGCAGGAAGUUCAAGCGCCGUCAAGAGGAAGCCACUAUGAUCUGAUCAUCCAUGUCGAUGUCUCCUCUCAUCCUCGCAGGUUAGGACUUGAGUAUCGCACCGAGGUAUUGAACGGGAGCGCCAUUAUCGAAUGGGCUGCCGCAUUUGAGACCCUCCUUAGUAACAUAGAUACUGCGGUUGACCUCGGGGAUUCCGAUGUAACUUCAUCCCCCGUGAGCGUCCUAAAAUCAUCAACAGGCAUCACAAAAGCGCAGACUGACUUCAGUCCCGCGUUGCAGAAGUCCAUUGAGACAACAACGCCCAAAAACCAGGUCAUCCCAGGGAUCAAGUUGGAUUCGUCGGUGACAAACGCUGGGCUUGAUGUGGCUACGAUUGAGGAUGCUUUGCAGAUGGCCGCUAUUGUCGGCAGGGAUGUUGAGUGCAUAUAUGCCCCGACAGCAAUGCAACUUUCUAUGCUCUUGCAAGCAUCGUUCAGUCCCAGCACGUAUAACUUGACGUUGGUGCUGCACCUCAAAGGGCGAAUAGACGUUCAGCUGCUGAAAAAGGCGUGGGACAAUGUCGUGGCCGCGCAUCCUGCUUUGAGAACUGUAUUCCACGGCAUCGACCAUGAAAGGCUCCUUUACGUCGGCGUCGAAUUGAAGCCUGGUAUCCGUGUUCCAGUUUUCAAUUUUGUCGAUCAAUCCGCAACGACAUCUAGCCAAUUGAGCAAUCUACUCGAUAUCGAGCAGAACGCGUUACACGAAGCUCGCAAUGGACUUCUUCAUCGGCUUUUGCUUGUGCGCGUGGCCGAUGACCAGUACGCUCUAGUAUUUACAAUGCACCACGCCAUUAUCGACGGCUGGAGCCUGCGCAGACUAAUGGCCGAUCUACGAGCAGCCUAUGCCAAUGAAAAGGUUCCUGCAGGUAGCUCUAUUUCCGCUCUUCUUGCAGAAAAGUCUGUCCUUGACAAAAAUGUGGCGCGCACCUUCUGGACCCAAUAUCUUUCGACCACGAAGGGACCAGACGUGGUCAAAUCCGAUGUCGAUGCCGGGGACCAAUUGACACCUGAGAUCAAAAUUGUUCAGCCUCGACAGCCUUCGCGUGUCACCCCGAGUGCUUUGAGUGGUGCGAGUAGGAAGUUCGGCGUCACGUCCUUCACCGUUGUACAGGCUCUUCUUGGUAUGGUUUUAGCUCGGACAAACCAGAAAAAAUCAUCAAUCUUCUGGACCACAAUCAGCGGAAGAGCCGAUCUCACUGGUGACGUCGAUGCCAUUGGGAAUUUUUUAACUUCAAUUCCAUGCGUGGUGAAUGUCGAAGACGACGUAUCGAUUGAGUCAUGGCUGAAACAGACCCAAUCACGCUUCCAGAAGAGCCUUGAGUACGAAUACUUGCCUACGCCGGACAUUCUCAGAUGCCUACCGGAGACUCAAACGCAAGUUGACACGCUGCUCAUAUUCGAGAACCACCCUGGCGAAGGGCUUCAAGGACUAGCGGAAGAUAUUCGCAUCACCAAGGUCGAGGGUCAGGAAUACUCAGAUGUACCGCUGACCAUCAUAGUCCAGCCGAACCAAGAAUCUGUUACCCUAAUAGCCAAAGUCGAUCAGAAUCGCGUUCAUUCGGGCCUUGCGCAGCGCAUCUUGGACCGCCUACAAGGAGCUUGCGAGGAGCUCUGUUCCGCUGCCACAACUUCCCAUACCCUUGAAUCACUUGCUGCGCACAGCAAUGACUAUCUGGAAAGAUCUGCCGCCCUCUCACGCAAUCUGGAAAUUCAGCAACAACCUUUGCCUUCCGAACAUCUUGUCUCGUUAUUCAAGGAGGCGGCGAAAGGACACCCAAAUUGCGUCGCUCUCACCACCGUCUCGUCACAGAUUACCUUCGCAGAGCUGGACUAUUUGACAGCAAAGGUGGCGAGGAAGCUACUUCAGGCCUCUGGUAACCGACCGGGGGUCGUUACCUUGUUCCUGGAUCGAGGCACAACGAUGAUCAUUGCCAUGAUUGCAGCACUCAAAGCCGGCAUGACCUACUGCCCAUUGGAAUAUGAGGCACCGUCUUCUCGUUUGGACAUGCAGACGCGACGGAUAAAUGCUUCCAUGGUGAUUAGUGACCACAGGGGAUUCUGUCGACUGGGCACGGGUUUCUAUCAAGGACUGCAAACACUGGACAUUGACCAAGCCCUGCAAAGCCCUGUCAAUGACCUGUCCGUUGUCUUGCCAGCCAUUUCCCCCGAGACUUUGGCCUAUAUAAUGUUCACAUCGGGUACCACGAGCGAGCCGAAGGCCUGCACUCUCUCUCAUGGAGCUGUCGCCCAGUAUGUGCGACAGGCCGUUGUACGCUAUGGUUUCAAACCCGGAUCACGCGUACUUCUUUGCGCGAACUACGUCUUCGACGCCUCAGUGACAGACAUCUUCGGUUGUCUCUCCUCUGGAGCGACAAUCUGUCAGGUGCCUGAGGAUAGCCUACGAAGUGAUCUUGCCAUGUGUAUUAACACCCUUCGGAUCGACUCACUUCAUGUCACGCCGUCAAUGUUGAGCCUGCUGACGCCUAGCUCCGUUCCAACCCUGCGUACCGUCAUAUUAGGCGGGGAGAUCAUCACACCGGACCUUGUAGAGCAAUGGGCGGAAUGUGUGGACUUGUACGGCUCUUACGGCCCGACCGAGACUGCAGUCCAGGUUCUCAUUCACCGCGCACGCAGAGGGACUUGCGUCGCAUAUGAUGCCCUGCCCGGCAAUCUUGUCAUUUUGGUCAACAAAGAUGGCGAGGUCUGCUAUGCCGAUGAGCCAGGCGAAGUCUUGAUUGCGGGUAACCAAUUGUUUGAGGGCUAUUAUGGUAAUCAGAUCGCCACAGAGGGCGCUCAGACGCGUUUACCCGCGUUCGGGAACACUCGGUUCUACCGAACGGGGGACCUGGGCGUCUAUACGCCAGAAUUGCGAAUCCGCAUCCUUGGAAGACGCGAUCACCAGCUGAAGGUCUCGGGGGUACGUAUCAAUCCCGAUGAAGUGGAAAGUGUGCUGCGGCUACAUCCCGCCGUGCAUCGCGCGGUGGUCAGCGCCGUUCACGGCCGCCUUCAUGCUGCGGUGCAGGCUCGCGAGUCAAAUCACGAGCUAGACACAUUAGAAAUAGCGGAGUUCUGCAAGAUCCAUCUCCCUGGGCGCCUCGUACCAAUCGUGACCCAGAUAAAUGAGAUACCGACCGUCACGAGCAUGAAGGUCGACAGACGAGCCGCUGCCCUGAUGCUGAUGCAAGCGUCCGUGGCAGUGGAUAGCAUGACAUCACGCUCUCUAUCUCCAAAUCAAAAACUGAUUGCUGAACUUGUGAAAGAAAUCACCGGGAAUGAUAUCUUUGAUGCCCACGCACCCCUCCAACAACUUGGACUGGAUUCUCUUGGGCUAAUGCGACUUCGUGGCGCACUAGCAAAGCAGUAUAGAAUUUCUCUCACCUACAUCACAUUGCGCCGCGCACGAACACUCAAUGGUAUCGCAGAGUUAUUGCAGCCAGCGGCCUGUGGCGAGUCUAUCGUGCCAAGCCGUCCAACUCUGGAACAUGACUCUGUCACUGUCGGGUUAUAUCCAGCUCUACCUAGUCAGGUUACCAUGUGGCUGGCUCAAGAGCGCCUUCAAGAUACUACCUAUAACGUACGGCGUAUCAUUGAGUUGAGUGGCUUAUCAGGAGCGGCCGUGCUGGCCGGCGUCAUGGCAGUGACCUCCCAGCUCGAAAUGUUCCGAACAGCCUUUGCUCACAAUAAAGCCCAGGGGCAAGUUUCGCAAAUCCUUGGACACAGGACAUUGAUUGAGGCCCAUUAUCACACCCUUAGCGCGGAGAAAGAUGCGCUGCAGCAAGUGAACGAGAUAUUAGCUGGGUCGUCCUCGCGAGCGCUUGAUCUACGCCUCGGGCCACUUUCGAUAUUCCAUGUUUUCUCUGAGUCAAAGGACAGAAGUUACCUGUCAACACAGAUUCAUCAUAUCCUCAUUGAUGCUUACACGGCUGCAGAAGUAACGACGAUGAUUCUGAAAGCGUCUCGGGGAGAACUUGUUGUAAAUCAUAACGACAACACUGUUUCCUAUGCGAAGCACCUGGCAGAGACUGGGAACAGCCAAGGUGACCAGACUCGCAGGUUGGAAAACUGGCUGGCAAGGCUGCAGGGAGCUUUGCCCUUCAUCCCGGCCCCUCUAGUCCUCUUUAAAGGGGCAGGAUUCCAGAGUAUGCGGCGAAGAAGAUUUCUUGGACCCAGAUGGCACGGCGAGGUUUCAUUUGACAUCAUGCUAGCUUUGUUCCUGGCUCUUAUGCACCGCUAUGUUGGCUCAGACGAUGUGUUGGUGACUACUCCAGUGUCAGAACGAGGAUAUGCGCCUGGAGCUGCGACCGUGCUUGGAAAUCUCACACAUACGGCCUUUUUGCGAAGUCGACUCUCAGGUCAAGAUAGUUUCAGUGAGUUGUUGGCAAGGACCCGCGCCAGCAUCGACUUUGCCAUGGAGAACAUCCUUCCUCUAGAAUUCGUUUUGUCCCAGGCUGGGCGAAAGUUAGACGAUCAUUCUGUCCAGUUCGUCACUCAUGACAAUCGUCCGUUUGAGCAAAAGGGGAUGGUUGAUAGGACCCUCGAUGUGGUUGACCAAAGCAGGCCCGUGUUUGACCUUAUGUGGCAUGUAUUCAUCCAUGAAGAUGCGAUGGAGAUUCUAGUUGAAUUCAACGCCGAACGGCAUCAUGGCGCCUGGAUGCAUUCAGCUAUUGAUGGCUACGCCACGCUGGUGUCGACAAUCACUAACAGGCAAAAUAAACCAGUGGACAGCCUUCUAAACGACACACUACAAAUGCCUUGGGCUGUGCCCGAAAGGGUCGCGUUAUCACAAGCAGAAACUAUGUCAAAAAGCUCAAGUUCAAUCAAGAUCAGUACUCGUCCAAGUUCUCCAGGGGUUGGCCAUUAUUCGGAGAAACUACGACCCAAUAAAACAAAAAUGCCACAAGCAGACGGCUUGGAUUCGCUUGCGACCUCGUUGGUGCUGUCUACACAGUGCAACACGCCAUCCUACGACAGCACAGUAGACGACGAUGUUGAUUCUGCUUCCUUGUUAUUGCGAGAGUUCAAAGACGCCAUGAGUCAUGCUAUCUGCCAAUCUCUGGGUAUUGCGACAGUAGAUCCGGACCGAAAUCUCCGAGAACUGGGCUUAGACUCCUUUGCCUCUAUGGCGUUCAUUUCCCAUCUGUACAACGUUUAUCCAGACCUUGAGAUCGGUAUUAAUGACAUUGUCCAGUAUCCCACCAUCUCUGACCUCGCGAACUACGCAUUGAAGAUGCAAUCCAAUGACAAGACGCUUGAUUCUACCAUGCAGGACCAUAUCUCCUUCGUGGUUUCUAAAUCCGCUUCAAAUGAGGAGGGCCUCAAGGUCGCCCAAGCCAGUUCCAUCCAGCGCCGGUUUUUCCUAUUACAAGAACAGCUCGGAGACACUACUUACAUUGUCCCUUUGCUGUAUCGUGUUGUAGGCCAUGGUCUGAGCAAGAUUAUAGACGCAAUACAGAUAAUCGCGCAGUACCACGAGAUCUUCCGCACCACAUUCGACCUAGAAGGCGACACUGUUGUGCAAAAAGUCGCUUCUCAUGCUCGGUACAGCUUCGAAGUCGACGAUUUGAGGCACAGCGCAAACCCUGACCAAGCAAAACUUGCAAUGCGGCAAGUGUGCGCUGGGAUCUGUGGACAGGAAUUCGAUCUCAACACGGGGCCACUUUUCCGCUGCCGAGGCUUUCUCCUCCCAGAUGCUCAGCAAUAUGUGUUCCUGAACUUCCAUCAUAUCAUCGCAGAUGAGCAGUCCGUCUCCUGCUUUGUGAGACAUGUUGAGAUUAUUGUAAAGGAAAAAGGACUAAUCGAUAAUAUUGUGCCAUCCACCUCAUACCUGGACUUCUCGGAACGUCACAAUCGGUCUCUCCAACCGGAUCAGAUUUCAACGGCGCGGAAGUGGUGGACGGAGCAUAUGAAGUCACAGCCACCCACAGCCUGGUCUACAUCGUUUGAGAGCAAAACUGAGCAGUUUGCCCCGGCAAAGCAUGUUCGGCAUAUAGCCUCCUUUGACUUUGAUCCCGCAAGCUGGGCAUACUCAUGUGGAGCGACUCCAUUCGGUACAUACCUCUUUACUUUGCAGCUACUCCUAACUCUACGCUCCGGUGCCCGAGGGAGCACUAUAUUAAUUCCUGCUACCAGUCGAUCUCCACGAUUUGGCGAACAAGAUAUGUAUGGAUGUUUCGUCAACACGUUGCCCGUGCCGAUGAUAGCGGAGACCGAUGCAACGGCAAUGGAAAACCUGAUGGCGUUCAACCCGACCUUGUUUAAGAUCCUAGGCUUCUCCAACCUCCCAUUCGAGAAGAUUAUGGAGUUCAAUGGCCACAAGAUGGGUGACUUUGACAUGAUGUUUGUUUAUCAUGAGAAUAAAAAAGCCAAGAAUGAAGCUUCUAUGCUUCAACCGGCGAUGGAUCUCAUGCCGGCGCUUCCCGGAAUCACGGCCAAGUUCCCUAUUACCUUCUCCAUGACUCGAUCAGUGAACAACGGUUCGACCACAUUGAACAUGUAUGUUGAGCACAACCCGAAUUUAGUGAGCAGCGAUGAGGCAGCGACGGUGUGCCAGCAAUUCGAAGAUCUCCUGCGACUGCUCACCCUUAGACAAGGAGAGAUCGCCCUUGAUGUGAUUAUACAGACCCUUAAUCACGGCCCUGUGGUCCCGUACAGUUUCCAUGGAAAGUGGGACCGUCACAUCUUGGAUGACCCCGUUUCGGACAUUCAGAUCAUGCAACAGGCCAAGAAGACCCCGGAAUCUACCGCCAUUGUUUUUGAAGACUCCGCUUCGGUUACAUACCGAGAGCUGGUUGAGAUGGUUAAUGGCGUCGCGCAUUUCCUUUGCUCGCAGGUUCCGGCCUCCGAGUUGCGCCGCCAGAACAUCUGCAUUGUGGGAGACGUCUCUAUUGAACGAAUCGUUACCAUCUUGGCAGUCAUCAGCAUCGGUGCUGCGUAUAUUCCACUCGAUAUGAAAAAUCCACUUGAGUGGAACGCUACAAUCAUCCACGACUGCAACCCCAAGUGCAUUCUUUUCUUACCAGAAGAAAGCGGAAGCGCCAGAGCGGAGGCAUCGAACGGCCUCAGGGCCUAUCUUCCAACAAUCUCAAACUCGAUCCACGGCAUUGGCAUCACCACCCCAUUACCCAAAGCUACAACUCCAGCUAUCGAUAUGCGAAGCAGAUCUGAGAUGGACCUCGCGUACGUUUUGUACACCAGCGGAUCAACCGGUGUUCCUAAGGGCGUUGCCAUUGAACACCGAGCCCUAAAGAACUCGGUUCAUGAACACGUGAAGCUCUACCAUUUAUCCGCGGAGGUUCGACUGCUGGCGUUGGCACCCUGGACAUUUGAUGUCUCGCUUAUGGACCUUUUCGGCCCACUGGUCGUGGGGGCUACCAUGUGCAUUGGACGAAACGAUUAUGUCUUCUCGGAUAUCGAGGAAGUCGCAACUGAGAUGAGUAUCACGCAUAUCUCCACAACUCCGACAGUGGCAGCUCUAUUACGACCCUCGCAUCUUCCUUCUGUGUGGAUGCUGGCGAUUGGUGGGGAGCCCUUGACGGCAGUGGUGCGCGACACCUGGGCCGAAAAAGUUACUCUCAUGAACGUGUACGGCCCAACCGAAGCUACUGUAGAUGUGGUCUGCCGCCAGGUCGCACGAGACACCUCGCCCAAGAACAUCGGCUGGCCGUUGACCAACGUUUUCGUGUUUAUCGUCGACGAACAAAUGCAGCAAGUUCCCGUAGGCAAAGUUGGGCAACUUGCUGUUUCAGGGCCACAGGUAGCCCGUGGCUAUAUUCGUGAGCCACCGGGCAAGCCCUCCCCAUUCGUGAAUCAUCCACUCUAUGGACGUCUUUACCUGACAGGCGAUUAUGCUCAAUUCGAGCCUGACGGAAGUGUGAUCUGUCUCGGGCGUAUGGACACGAUGGUUAAUCUUCGGGGAUUGCGGAUCGAGCUGGGUGCGAUUGAGCAGGUCGUGGAUAAAGUUCUCGAUACCGGGAAGUGCGUGACGCUCAAGAUCGAGCGGGAUGGUCAAGAAGCGCUGGUUGCAAUUUUCACGAACAAGAAUGAGCAGUCGGAGAUCAAACUUCUGCCGCGCCCGGUAGGACAAAAUUCGGCUCGUUUGUUUGAAUUUGCACGCGCUAUUUCAGAAACGCUCCCAGGCUAUUUCAUGCCUACAUACUGGAUUCCAGUCACAGGUUUCCCGCGGAACAAGAGUCAGAAGUUGGAUCGCAAGGCAAUUCAGAAGUAUCUCGACGCAAUGCCCAGUGGUGUCGUUUCGCAAUACCGCUGGGAUCAGUCGGCAGCUAGAAAGCUCGAAAUAACCACGAAGAUUGACGAUGCACCGCUGGUGUUGACCUCCAGCGACAGCCUCACACCCGGCCAGCAAACUGUCCGGCAGGCUUUUAGCGACGUCCUAGGAGACAAGGCCUAUGCCCGUGACAGUAACUUCUUCUCUCUCGGCGGAGAUUCCAUCUCAGCCAUCCGACUUUGCAGUGCUCUGCGAGCUAAGGGAGCACAAGUCAAAGUCCGGGAACUGUACGAGAGACCGACAAUUGAGAAACUUGCUGUUCUGGUCGAGCAACGAGCCCCUGCAAAACAAGAAAGCAUCCUGCACCCUACCAGUCCCGCCGAAGUACACUCACCUCCCGUCAACUCUGGGGUGGAGCAGAUAAUCAUUGACGCAAUGUACAAAGUUCUGGGCGCCCAAAAUGUCGAUGUCGAGAGUAACUUCUUUACUCUUGGAGGAGAUUCAAUCUCAGCUAUCCGCUUCAGCACUGCGUUGCGUAGCGCUGGGUUUUCUGUCAAGGUCAGGGACAUUUACGAGAAGCCGACGGCGCGGCUUCUUGCUACCGAGCUAAACCCAUCAGAAUGCUCCUCUGGAAUGUCUCAGCCUUCGCACGUCUCUGCCGCCACGCCCACUCCACCACCUCCCGCGUCUAAAGUGACCUCGCAAAUCUCUUCGGAAAGUGCUGGUUCGGCAUCCGAGCUUGUCAUGGUCGUGCGCGUUGCUUUCCACAGGGUGCUAGGGGACCGGCCGAUUGAAGAUCAAAGUAACUUUUUCACUUUGGGUGGAGACUCGAUCUCAGCUAUCCGAUGCUGUACUGCACUUCGCACUUCCGGAUUCACAGUCAAAGUCCGUGACAUAUAUGAGAACCCCACGGUCGCGGGAUUGGCGGCUCUCCUGGCCCAGCGAGACCCGAAGUCGGUGCAGCAACGUCCCAGUCAUGUGAGCAACGCCUCUAUCCUUCGAAACACUCCUAUCGUUGAGUGGUUUUUCCGCUCAGGUCGUGCUAAUGAGAAUUGGUUCAACCAAGGGCAUGUAAUCCAACUCGCAGAUCCCCACCGGUUUGCCGAUCUGGAGAAGGCCUGGCAGGUCUUGACCGAUCUUCACCCGAUGCUCCGAGUCCGAGUUGUCGGUGACGGUCCAGAGAAGACGAUGGCCGUUCCCAACACGCCGAAUUCCCAGGAUUACUGCGUUCUGCGGCGCAGGAUGAACUCCUGGGAGGAGUUCCUCCAGGCAGCGCAGGAGCUGCAGUCCCGUCUCUGUCUACGCCGGGGACCCAUCUGUGGCCUGGGUGACUUCACGGUUGAGUCGGCUGUGUACGUUGUCAUUGUGGUCAACCACUUGGCCGUAGACGCGGUGUCCUGGCAUAUUAUAUGGCAUGACCUUGAUUGCCUGUUGCAGGGACUUCGCCCAGAGAACGAAUUCAAUACGUUCAAAGAUUGGAGUGACCACCUCGCCAUUCGUUCCUUGAAGGCACGUCUUCUAGGUUGUCCGGCCUCGGAAGCCGGCAACGACUUCUUUGAUAUCGAUGAAGCUGCCUUGCAGAAAAACACGGGCCGCUCGGUGCACUUUGCCUACCUCAAGUCACCGGCAGAAAUUGUGGAACUUGCCAGCAGGGUACACGACGUGGACGUGGUGGACAUCGUUCUUGCGGCUUUGCUUCUAGCUAUACGGAGAUGGAAAUCGGCCAGCCACGUCGAGCUCAAUUUUGAGAGUCAUGGAAGAGAGUUGAACCACGAGACACUCGACGUAACACGCACUGUGGGCUGGUUCACAAAUAUGAUCCCUAUCUCGUUUUCGCUACCCCCGGAUACCACUGGCAGAGAUUUCGUCAAGCAAGUGCGUGAACAGCGGAUGAACGCCGUCCGCCAAAUCGACUGCGCUGCGCCAAUACCCGACCAAGUACAGGCGCAUCCCUGCACAUUCAAUUAUCUGGGAUAUACAACAAGUUCCUCGUCUUAUGCAUCAUUCAAGAAGGUCCGCGCAGACCUCGGGCCACUGGAGGAUCCUCGCAACCGCAGACCCUUCACCAUUGACUUCGAGGCGGCAGUCAGUAACAACCUCUUAACUGUCGGGGCGUUCUUCAGUACGGCGCUAUUCAGCCGAGAAGCUUUGACUCAGCUACUGGAAUUUUGGACUGCGAAUGUCCGAGAUCUGAGCACCAACGAAAGCUCACGUAUAACCGUCGCGUCAGUCGAAUCCGUGGUCGAAUUCGUGAUCCCCAUUGACGCAGCACUUAAAAGCGACCGUGCAGCCAUUGAAGCUUCUCUGCGGUCGCAUCGUAUACCGGCAAAAAGUGUGGAAGAAGUGCUACCCACAACGGACAUGCAAACUGCCAUGAUGCUGGCCAGUUUGGGUUCUCGGUCAUACAUGCAUCGGUACGACUACGUGUUGGAGGUUCAAGAUUUGGACCGGUUCUGUCGUGCGUGGGAAGAAAUAUUUAUCAAUCGUCAUUCCAUUUUUCGCACGGUCCUCAUCCCCAUCUCUCGCCCAGGGAGUACGACAAUGGCUCAGGUGAUCUUGCGGAAAGAGACAGUUACUGGCAGACUCGUUGUUCGGGAAGAACCACCUAAGACGCAACGCGCCAUGACCGGUCAACUUCUUUCCGUGCUCUACGUUUUUAAGUCUCCGGCUGGCAGCCUCAAUGCAUCCUGGGUUUGUCAUCAUGCUUUAAUGGAUGGGUGGUCCCGACGACUCGUGUUCGAUGAGGCACAUCGUCUAUAUGCCGGACACACGUUGUCCCCGCCUGCAGCUCAGUUCCGUGACCUUGCACUCCAUCUUCAAUCUCAGAAGGAGCAGAACAAUCAAUUCUGGAGUCAUCUCACUCAGAACGCGCAGCCGUCACUUCUGGUCGAGCAUGGUGCGAAUGAGCAUCUCUCGGUGAGACAGCCCAAGGACCGACAGUACCGCACAAGAAUCAACGUCGAUCCAGAGGAUUUGCAAGCUGUGGCAUGGGCUCACUGCACCACUAUAUCCGCAUUGUACCAAGCCUCCUGGGGGGUUAACUUUGGCUAUGUCUCGGAGACGGCCAUGGAGCGGAGUCAGUACGAAGGAGUCUCACUUCGUCAAAUUUAUGCAACAUCUGGUCAAAGGGAUCUUUUCAACACUACGCUUCUCGUGCCAUUCUCACCUCUCACAACGGCGAGCUCUUCAAACUCAGCAAGCUCUUCCUCUUCCUUCAAAAUGGAGCUCCAAUCACGGGAUGAGGUGACAGACUUGCCUCUUCUCAUGAGCGUUGAACAAGGGGUCAGUGUGGCCAACACCACAGUCCUUACACUCCGCACUAACAGCUGGGGAUUCAGUCAAACAUUCUGUGAACGACUCAUGCAUAGUUUCGGAAAAUCUCUGGGAUACAUUUCUUCUCUUGCACGAGGCAUCGAUUGUACCCUCUGCGAUAUCUCGCUUCUGGAUGAGAACCAUUCUCAGAUCCUUGCUCGACACGCGCGCGGGGCUGGCUUUCCCGAUCAAUUCGCAUGGACUUCCUAUCAGCUUCUGAGUCACAGGGUGCAGCAGACGCCCCAAGCCCUUGCCAUAGAAUGCCAUCAGCGCGGCCAGACAAGAACCUUGACAUAUGAACAACUCGAAACGCAGGUCCAGAUGGUGACCGCUCGUCUUGCGGAUGCUGGCAUCGAGCAGAGAACACGGAUUGCGCUGUUCUUGGACAAGUCCCUCGAGCUUGUUGUGUCCAUAUUUGCCGCCCACUAUUUAGAUUGUGCAUACGUCCCAUUGGAUAUCGAGAGUCCGGCAGCGAGUAUCACCACUCUCAUUGAGAAAAUCGAGCCCUCCGCUAUCAUCACAACGCCAGCUCUCCGAGCCAGCUUGCCAAAAAACCCGGUUCCUGUCUUCACAACGGACACCCUUUUCUGCCCUCAAAAACCUGCUUUCCUCUCUCGUCGACGUCAGAACGCUGGACUUGACGACCUUGCGGCUGUUUUGUUCACAAGUGGCACCACAGGAACGCCCAAAGGUGUCUCCAUGCCUCAUCGUCAGGUUGUCGGAUACGGCAUUAUGAUGGCCAAGGCACUCGGGUACACAACAACAGAUCGAAUUUUCUGGUUUGCAAGACCAGUGUUUGAUGUUUCUCAGAGCGAUCUUUUCGGCUCCGUAUUUGCUGGAGCAACUCUCGUUAUCACGCCGCAUGCCGACUCCAUGGCCCGCCUUGCCCCGUUGCUUGUCAAACUGCGGAUUACUUCAAUUAGUGUCACUCCAUCAAUCGCCUCGCUGCUCCAACCGCACAAUUUGCCACUCAUUCGUUCGCUAUUUCUCGCCGGCGAGAUGGCCUCACAAGAGGUCAUCCGGCGCUGGUCGGCGACCGUUCGUGUCAUUAACGGCUAUGGGCCCACCGAAGGCGUUGUGGUCGCGUGGAAGCAUAUGAAGCCUGACACCAGUCCGCACUGUAUUGGACGCCCGGCAAUUGGUAUGAAUGUUUUUGUGUUGGAUGCACAAAUGCGUCAAGUUCCCAUUGGUGUGCGCGGCACAAUCUGGAUUGCGGGACGGCAAUUGUCCCAGGGAUACUUUGGUCAGCCCGGCGCGACAGACCAAGUCUUCCGAUCCAAUAUAUUCGGGCAUGGACUAAUGUACAACACCGGUAAGAACCCAUCCUGCUUCGGGGGUUGGAAAGAGCUGGUCGCCUUCUUCGCGCAUGAAGAGGAAUCUCAAAAGGAUCAUUCUUUCGUGGCGGCAGAGCUGUCAGCGCAAGCUAAGCGUUAUCUACCGCCUCACAUGGUGCCUCAGCGCUUUAUCUUCGUCCCUCACCUGCCAUUGAACGGGAAUGCCAAGGUUGAUACAAAAAGCCUCGAACAAGCUUACCUGGAUGGAUCUCUGCCAAAUAUCAACGCCAGAACCACGAAGAUGUCCCGCGCAAACGAGGGCUCACGUUUCUCAGCAACUACCCUGACAGAUGAGGAGCUGGAUGGGCGUCUUUCUGAAGCGUUGAUUCAUUUCCCUCCCGCGCUGAGCGCCGAAAACAAAACGUCAGUAGAGGCAUCCGAGCGACCUAACAUGUUUCUCUUCUUCGCUGUGACAGGCACGUCAGUCCAAUACCGCUUGCUAGCACAGCAUCUGUCCACCUACCAGGUCAUCGGCGUGGAUCAUCUCCACACGAACCAGCCUGAAGCGUAUCCGUCCAUUACCAGUAUGGCGGCCGACCUCGCGGCAAUUCUGCGCCGACAACAACCACGGGGCCCAUACACUCUGGGUGGCUUCUCAUUUGGAGGGCUUGUCGCCUGGGCUGUCGCACAAUAUCUCGAGGAGCAACACGGCGAGACUGUCCGUCUGGUUUUGAUUGAUAGCGAAGCCCUUGUACAAGCGCCGAUCCCACCUCAAGCCAGCACGCAGGACUCUCAAUCGGUGGCCACGGCACAAGAAACGCGUGAGAGGAUGUACGAGCGGCUCUUUGACAUUCCCAGCCGUAUAAUUGCGGACCCCAUUACCACGCCGGAGCUUGCUGAGUUUCGGGACAUGCUGCUCACCCAGGCGCACUACAAUCUUGCCAUUCAUGACGUCUUUCGGCCAGAAGUGCUACACGCGCCUAUUUUGUUGAUUCUUCGCUGCAUGAAGAAAGAAAAUAACCCAGAAGAAGUGGAAGAUGGUGGCGACUCUUCUCGCCAUCAAAGCGCAUGUCAAGGAACAAAUGGAUUCGCCGAGUUUGCCGCGGGCUGUCUUGAUGUCCGCUGUGUGCCUAGCUCAGAUCAUUAUACAAUGCUGAAGGAGGAACGAUGCUUGCGAGCGAUCAGCAAGAUACUAGAGGAGGAUUGGCGCGAGAGAGAAUGA